UUGCACUUAAAAAAUAAAUUUAAAUAUAGAAAUUUUAAUUUCAUAUUAGCAUAAAUUUAGAAAUCAAAAUAUUGGAAAAUCUAAAAUAUGCUAGUGACCAAAUUAUUGAGAGGUUCUACAAUUUUGGGGUUAAAUAAGUUAAUUCGUAAAACUAGCAAUUAUAAGCGUUCAUUAGUGGUAACAAAUCCAAGUGAUAACAGUCUAAGGGAUAUUAUAACUGAUUUUGCUAAAAAAAAUUCUAAAACGAAGAGUGAUUUUGGAGAACUUCGUAAAGAGUUGCUUUUGAAUAAAAAAAGUUUAACAGAAAUAAAUGUUGAUUAUUUUAUAAUAAGCGUGCUAAGCUCAACAAAUGAUCUACACCUUGUGGAAAAUUAUAUUGAAUAUUUAAAAAACAAUGAUUUGGAAGUUAAAACGCCAGUUUUAGGAUGUUUGUUAAAGCUUUACAAUAAUUAUUAUGAAUGUGGCAAGCUUACAGCAGACAAGCAUGUAAACAUUUUAAAUAUAUAUAAAGAAAUAUUGGAAAAAUAUGAUAAUCUUGAUGCUUCAACAUGCGAAAAUUUGAUUUUUGGUUUAGUAUGCACAUCUGAUUGGAAAAAAUCAUUAGAACUCUUACAGAUUACCAAAUUAUCUGCUAAACCAAGUAAUAAUGUUUACAGUUUAAUAAUAUCAAAAGCAUUCGAAAAUGCCACGGAUAACGAAUUAGGUUGGACAUUACUCCAUGAAAUGGUUAAUGAAUACAAAAAACAACCAAAUUGUAAAAUAUUUAUAUCUAUUUUAAAAUCAAUACAAAAUGAAGCUGAUUAUACGAAACAAAUAGAAACCCUAAAUCGUUUAUUAAGUUUUAUAGGUGAACAUGAUAUCGUUAUUAGUAAGUUAGUUACCAAUGAAUUGACGAAAACUUUAGAUAGUAUGAAUUUAAAAAAUUCUCAAACCCAAAUUUCUUUUAAUGGGAAAUGUGAAAAUUGUAAUUUAUUCCUUGAAAGAGUCUUUAUAAGUAAUGAUGAAUUUAAAUUGAUGAGAAAUACGUUCUUAGAUCGUGCAAUAAUACAUAAAGAUGUUUUUCUUAAAACAAAUCCUAAAGAAUUGGAAAAUUUUUUGAAAUACAUUGAUAAGCAUGCACCUUUUCAUUGUGUAGUUGAUGGUCUUAAUGUAGCUUAUUCAAUUAAUGGAAAAUUGUCACCUGUUGCAGUGUGUUCUGUUGUUAAGUACUUUAAAGAUUUAAAUAUGAACAUUUUAUUAAUUGGACGAAAGCACAUGACACGAUGGCCUAAUGAACAUUUUGGUUAUAUAAAAAAAAAUUGCAAAAUGUUUUUGACGGAUAAUUUAUCACAAGAUGACCCGUUUUUAUUAUAUGCUGCAUUGAAAAGUGGUCCUUCUACUCACAUUUUUUCUAAAGAUUUAAUGAGGUCACAUUCUUAUUUAUUGGGUGACAAUUUAAAAUUAAUAUUUAAGAGAUGGCUUCAGGAGCAUUUAUAUUCAUUGAUAAAAGUAAAAAAGAAUGGUAAAAUAUUAGUUAAAGAACCAUGUAAGUUUAAUAUAAAUGCACAUAAAGUUGAAGAAACGUGGCAUUUGCCCUUCACAGAAAAUUAUCAGGCAAAUCCAAAAGAUUCAUAUGAAGUCCCCCAAAAUUGGUUAUGCAUUAAAUUACCGAAUUUAAAUAAAUGAUUGUAAAAAGCAUAGAUUGAUUAAAUUUUUUUUUUUUUUAAAAAAUUUGGUUUUAUUGUAAAAAGAGAAUGUUAAUUUUUUGUUUUACACAGUUUUAUCUAAUUUAAAUGACUGACUUUCGGUGUAGUCUAUUCAGUAUAGUGGGAAGGUCCAGAACAUUACAUAUAUCGAAAAAAAAAAACAAAUUAAUACAUCCUUGAAAGAGGGGGAAGGGGGAUUGAACCCUGUAUGAAGUGCAAUGAAAGCUACAAAAUUGAAUAUUUUGGUCUUAAUUUAAAUAAUCUUAAAUAAGUUUGCUUUUUUUAUUACAUGUAAUUAUUUACAAAUUGUUUUAAAAUUAAAGAGAAAAACAUGAAAAGUGGGAUUUUGCAAUUAUUGUACUUGAGUCCUAAAUUAAAAUUUACUUUUAUUUGAUGUACUUAUUUUAAUCCUAAAGAUUCAAUAAAAUUAUUUACAUUUGAGUUU